CUGGAGAGAAUCCCAGAGGCAGCAGCAGGUCCUGACAAACGCUCCUCCCGCAAAAUAACCCUUUGUGGGGCUUGCAGAUAAACCAUCCUUGUCUUAAGCAGGGGGAUUUUGUGUCUGGUUUUCCUGAUAUCCAUGCAGAGGAGCUGCACGAAGCAGUACUUUGAAUCUCUGGCCGAGGACAGCUGAGCCCGGGCUGCGUCAUGGAGAUUAUCUGAUUGUGCUUUGGAUUUAAUACCCUGAGAAAUCUUGCUUUGGACACAGCGCCUGGCUUCCAGUGAGGAUCCUGCUCUUAGUUGAUUUGCCUGCUGAGUUACAGUGGCACACAGAAGGUCAAACGACAUGUCCGAGGUCUCAAGGUAAACGACUGCAACAAGUGCUCCUCCAGAGAUACGCAGACUGUAGAGCAGAGCGGGGAGUUUUGGCUGUCUGACGUAGCUGGAUUGAAUGGUGAAUAACCUUCUCCUCCAGCGGUCCUUUGUGUUAAAGGACUGCUUCUGUCCUGCUUUGCCAGCAGAGCUCUCUAUCCCCGCACGGAAGGAAGAGCCUGACCCUCCUGGAAGUUGCAGUUUUCUGCAGCUGAAAUCCGACCGCGGAAGCGUGGGAGAAAUCCGCUGUUCUGCGAGCAGCCUGGCUGUUUCUGCAUGAUUCAGUGGGGUAAGCCGGCUUCCAAACCACGCUGCUCAGAAGAAUUGUUUUUCUCAGCCUCUGAGCUCCUUGCUGCAAGGAAGAGGACAGGGAAGUUUUAAUCCAGGGCCACCCUGAGCCAUGUCCAACGACCCUCCGCCACCCUACCCGGGCGGCCCCUCGGCACCACUGAUAGAAGAGAAGCACGGCCCACCCCCUGCAGCAGAUGGUGUCACCCCUGUCGUGGGACAGCCCCAGGGGGUUCCCAUUCCGCCUCCUGAAUUUGGGCCACCCCCAUACGAGCCGCCCUCGCAGCCAGGGUUUGUGCCCCCCCACAUGCCCACAGACAGCACCGGGCCCUACAUGCCGCCUGGAGGUUAUUACCCGCCCCCAGGCCCUCACCCCACCAUGGGCUACUACCCUGCCCCCGGCCACUACCCCUCUCCUGGCGGCCAUACAGCGACGGUGCUCGUCCCAUCGGGGGCUGCCACCACCGUGACAGUGCUGCAGGGAGAGAUCUUCCAGGGCGCCCCUGUGCAGACGGUGUGUCCCCACUGCCAGCAAGCCAUCACCACCAAGAUCACCUAUGAGAUUGGGCUCAUGAGCUUCCUUCUGGGCUUCUUCUGCUGCUUUGUGGGGUGUGAUCUCUGCUGCUGCCUGAUCCCCUGCCUGUUUGAUGACUUCAAGGAUGUGACACACACGUGUCCCAACUGCAAGGCCUACAUCUACACGUACAAGCGCAUGUGCUAACAGCACCCCGGGAGCCUGAGCCGCUGGAAUGACACUGGCCCCUCUCCUGCUGCUGUCCUAGUCUGCGUGUGCAACACUCCUUCGCUUAACCCUCCAGUGGUGUGUAUGUCUGUGUCCCCGGCUCCCUCCCACUCAGAGCUGCCUCCACCUUCCCUGAGCUCUGGUCCUCGCUGUGAACAGUUGGAUGGGCGACACUGGCACAGGUGCAGAGGGGAGGUGGGCCCAGGCCCCAGCUCCCAUGUGUGGGGCUGCCCUGCAGCAUGCAGGAGUGGUGCUGGGGGAUUGCUCUGCACCCCCUUACGCUGCAGGGCACUAGCGAGGCCCCUCUCGCCUGGAGCAACCCAGGGAAGAGCAGCAGCUGCUGGGGGUGCCCACCCCUCCGUCCCCUGGCUGCAGGGACACGCUGCCCUACAGGGAGCUGCUGCAGGUGGGGAGCACCCGCCACCCAGGAGGGAAAGGGGGGGCCCGAGCAGCCCACAACACGCACAGGGGAGGUAGCACUGUCCCUGUGGCACUUUUAGGAAGGGGCCAGGUGGUGAGGGGACAGGGUAGUGCCACCCAUGCCAGGUUUCAGGGUGGGUCACAGCCCUCUCCAGCCAGGUAGGCAAAGCCCCUUCCCAGGGAGAGGCAGGCAGAGCUGCCUUCAAGGCACGGUGUAGGGGGGACAGCAGCUGCCUUGCCCUGGGACUGCGCCCUUGAUCAGCAGCUCCCUCCUGCCAGAGCAGCACUGUGGCCACAGCUGCUCCAGCUGCAUGCACCUCCUCCCAGCCCCUGCUGUGGCUCUUUCAGGGAAGGAAAGCUGCCCCCAGCAGCCUCUCACCCACCUGGCAAACUGUUAGCAAAAAAGCAUCCAGCACAUCACUCCCUGCCCCAGCACUGUAGAUUAGAGGAGUUUGUUACCAGGCCGCAGCUGGCUCGCAGCUCUGGAGCAGACCCUUGCCCGCCCGCUGCAGAGCCACGUCCCCACCCCGAGCCUGGCAGGGUCUGUGGGCACACACCCCACAGCACCCAUCCUGCCCCCACCACAGCUGCACCCUGUGGGAUUCCCUGUUGCAUGUGGGUGUAGGGGUUUAAUUUUAGCUCACUUGAUAAAGGGCAGAAGGAAGGGGGGCACAUGGGCAGUGACAGGAGCUGCCAGCAGCACUGUGAUGGGCAAGAGGACCUGGGAGCCAGUUUUUGGCCUCUUUGUGGCUGUGCUGCCUCCUCCUCCCUCCACUGGCCCCCAGCCCUGGCAGCCAGGGCAGCUGGAGCUGCAGCCCCCCAGAGCAAAGCAGGGGUGGGGGGUGUCUCUCUGUACACAGGUCUGCAAACACAGCCUGGCCCGCACAGGCAGCUGCUGUUUGCUCAGAGAUGGAACUGUGGCACUAGUCAGUGUUUUUAUGUAAAUAAAUAACAGACCCU